AUCGAGGCUGCCCAUGUGAAAUCUUCCGAAAUUACGAAAAACCUCGAAACAUGUCAGACUACGACUUCUCUUCCAGUCUGUCGAGCUAUGGCUCGGGCAGUCCGUCUCUUGGGGCGAGUGGAUCAUCUGCCCAAAAGAAACAGGUCAUGGAUCAAGUGAGGAAUCAAGUUGCUGUCGCUCAGGCACAAGAACUGUUGCAGAAAAUGUCUGAUAAAUGUUUCAAGAAAUGUAUUUACAGACCUGGAACUAGUCUAGAUAGUUCUGAACAGAAAUGCAUAGCAAUGUGUAUGGAUCGAUACAUGGAUUCUUGGAAUAUAGUUUCAAGGACAUACAAUGCUAGACUACAAAAGGAACAUUCUGGUGGAUUCUCAUAAUGAAUAUAUACAAGCUGAUAGUCUUAUAUUCUUGGAAAUGUAUGUGUGUUUGUAAAUUUAUUAACCAAUGUGAACAUUG